CCCUGGUCAACGCAAUCCCCAUUCCCAAACACGCAAUCGCGAACGCCGCGAGCAGAGCGGGAGCAGCCCCACCGCGGCAGCAUGGCAGCGCCGCCGUCCCACUCGUUCGUCUACAUCGACGCCGAGGCGCUCCACGCCGUCCUCCCCUUCCCGUCCCUGAUCUCCCACCUCCGCGCGGGUCUCCCCGCCUUCUCCGAGGACAUCCACUGCCCGCACCGCGUCUCCUUCCCGGUCCCCACCUCGCCCUCCGCGGCGCUCCUCCUGAUGCCCUCAUGGUGCGCUCACCCCUCGCUCCCCUACCUCGCCCUCAAGGCCGUCACCUCCUUCCCCGCCAACUCCCCGCACCGCCCCUCCAUCCACGCCACCGUCUCCCUCUUCAGCUCCGCCUCCGGCGUGCCCCUCGCAUCCGUCGAGGGGUCCGCGCUCACCCUCCUCCGCACCGCCGCGGUCUCCGCCCUCGCCGCCUCCCUCCUUGUCUCCCCCUCCCGGCCCCCCUCCACCCUCGCGCUCGCGGGUGCCGGGGCCCUCGCGCCCUACCUCGCCGAAGCGCACCUGUCCGCGCUCCCCUCACUCUCCCGCAUCUUGGUAUGGAACCGCACCAAGGCCAAGUCCGCCGCGCUCGUCGCCAAGCUCCGGGACGCGCACCCGGGAGUGGCCGUCGAGGAGGUCGACGGCAUGGACGAGGCAGUGUCCGCGGCGGACAUCGUUAGCUGCGCGACGGGGUCGCAGGAGCCGAUCGUGCGUGGGGAGCUGCUGAGGCCCGGGGCGCACCUUGACCUGGUGGGGUCGUUCACGCCGGCGAUGCGGGAGUGCGACGACGAGGCGCUCCGUCGUGGCAGGGUGUUCAUCGACUUCGAGGCGGCGCUGGAGGAGGCCGGGGAGCUUGUGGGCGCGCUGCAGCGCGGCGUGCUGCGGAGGGAGGAUGUGGCCGGGACGCUCUCGGAGCUGGCCGCGGGGACCGUGGCCUGGCGGCGCAGCGACGAUGAGAUCACCGUGUUCAAGUCCGUUGGCACGGCCGUGGUCGAUCUCUUGGCGGCACAGUUGGCCUACGAGAACUACACUGCAACCAAGAACGCGUGAGGUCGAUCGAUGCAUGGAACUCAUGGACUGCGAGAAGCCUCUUCUUCUUGCAGGCAGAUUGCACAGGCUGUUCCUUCCAAAGAGUCAUCAUCAGAGAAAUACAAAUAAAUAAACUGAUCAGAUUAGCACUUAUGCUUCUGAUCAUCAGCUGUGGCAUAUUCACUUGUUGUUAGGCCGAUUCGAAUAAUAAUGUGUUGGCAAAUCAUGAUACCUCGUCUCUGUAUCCGAUUCUAAUAACAUGGUGUGGUAUUUAUCAAGGAGAAUUACAGUGUAAUGGCUUAUCUGUGAACUCAAAUCUUUUGUAUUGUUGGCAUUGUUGCUGAGUGUGUUGCAA